ACACAGAGACAGUGGUUCCCCCUAACUGCUCUCAUCGUCUCCUAGGCACGCUUAACAAAUCAUAGACGCGGUCGUCACGGCUCUGCGCUCAGGGCCUGGCCUGCACGUCUUCAAACACGCUCAAUGCGUUAUACCACAGCAUGACGCUCAUGCUGUUUAAUCUCCACCUCCAAUGGUGGUGAUUCUCCAGCCUAUACCUAGGGAGACGAUGGGGCUCUGUUUGCUUUCCAUCCACCCUCAUCUUCUCCUUAGGUACGCUUAAAUCAAAGCGCUAUCCCGCGGUUCGCGCUUCUGCACAAGCCUCAUAGGCUGCGCUUCAUGCGCUACUCGGCAUGUCCAACAUGCUCGGGCCCCGAUCUCUUCCCUUGGAGGAGGUCGCCACCUCUAUCAAGGCGACAAUGAGAGUGGUUCCGUACCUUUUUUCACUGAUUCUAUCGUCUUGCCAGUCAUAUGCGCCCCGCCCCCUAUCCUGAAGUGCUAGCUUCUCGGUGCGGCUGACUUAAUUUAAUUUUCACAUUAUGGGAUCCUGGCUCCAGAGAGGACUGCGAUAUUUCAUUCCCGGGCUUCUCUGGACCGUGAUUAGCCGUAUUUGGAUGAAAGAUGAUGGCAACGACGAGAAGGACCGUAAACCGUUUCGUGUUGCUGCGAUCAACACUGAAGGCAGUGUAGGCACAGGUUUACAGCUAUACACACUCGAGUUAGGUUCGCUAGGGUCUGCUCCUCGCUUUUAUGUGACAGGAGAAAUUUCACCUGGAGUGAAGUUCUGCCUGAGCCACUCGGAUGCGCAGCAGGGUGACUCAUUAUUGUUAAAUGACUGGUGAUAGCGGUGUCAAAUGCUGCAGAUCGUCGGGCUGUUCCCUUGUGGUUCUAUCGUACGAUGUCAGCUCUGCCUGGGCUUUCCAAUUCCUAUGAUGAGCAAUCCGAGCUCGUCGUUUCAAAUUCGUUGCGACGACCGUUGGAGCGUUAUCGGUGAGAAGUAAUUUGCGCAUUGGUGGUGUGGUUAAUGAAAUAGGAGCUGGGGAUGCCUAGUAGAGUAUGAAUGUCACUUGAUGCGAGAUGAUUAAUUGCGGUCAGGGAUCCGUUAUUACGAGAAGACUGGAUAGGUCAGAGCGUCGUAGCGUUUCCGUCGGAUGAAGAUAAG